AUGACGCUGCAAAACUUGACGCAAGAGCAUUUUCAAAAACUUGUUGCGCUCAGGCAACUUGACUUAUCAGGGAAUAAUAUGAAAAUUUUGGACGAAAAUGUCUUUGCAACACUGACGAAUUUGAAUUUUCUGAAUUUGAGCCACAAUGGAAUCGUGGAGUUAUUACCAAAUCAAUUUGCUAAACUGGGUCAACUAAUAAUACUGGAUCUUAGCUACAAUUCGUUGACAUAUUUAAUGCCUAAACUUUUUGAGCAAACCCCUUUAUUAUGGCAAUUGAAACUCAAAGGCAAUCAAUUGUACGAUACAGAAAAUGUUAUACAAAUUCUCAAACCGUUGAAUUUUCUACAUAGACUUGACUUAAGCGAUAAUAAACUGCGAACGAUUUGGGGCAGUGCGAGUUACGCCAAUGCUUCAGCUACAUUGGCUGCAAAUUUACGUUACAGCAAUAUGUUUAUGACCUUGAAUUUAGCGGAAGGUCUGAAUUAUAUCAGCACAUUGCAACCUAACGAGUAUCACGAAAGCAAGCGUAAGGUAAAAUUAAUAAAUUUAAGUCGGAAUCUUCUGAGCGGAUUUAAUAUGGAUUGGAUUUUUGAAAUCGGUAUUACAUGCCCUUUCAAAAUUAACUUAGAACAGAAUUUGAUUAAACACAUAUAUGCUUUAUCUAAUCUACUCAGUAUAACUAACGACUGUCAAGGCGAAAUCAUAAUGACUGGCAACCAUAUCGAAUGCGAUUGCGAACUAACUUGGAUUUACAAUAAUAACUAUAGCAGGCUCUUUAGCGAUCUGCAGUGUAAUCAGAAGUCAACCAAACAAUUAACGGAUUUCACACAGCUUCGACGACACGAGCUGUGUGCUUGGCAAGCGGUGCAGUGUCCCAGAAACUGCGUUUGCUCCACCAAAUCUGAAUUGCUGCACAUCAAUUGCACAGGCGGACAACUCGACGUUAUCGAAGAGCUGCCACGUCCCGAGCAAGUUUUGCUCACGACUUCAUUACUCGAUAUUAGCAAUAAUCGUUUCACGAAUCUGCCGCUAAGCACCACCUUCGGCUACGCCAACGUUUCACAGCUCUACGCCGCGAACAAUCAAAUCACCAACAUAAGUCUCUUGGAACUACCAACCAAUUUGACGGUUUUGGAUCUACGAAACAAUCGCUUAAAAUCGUUAUGUGCUGAUUUUUUUGCAUGUGUUUCUCAACGAGAGCACGAAACUACAGUUUCUGUAUCUAAGUGCGAACCCUUGGUUUUGCGACUGUGCCUCACAUCAGCUCAUCUACACCAUACGUGCACAUCGGCAACGCAUACCCGAUGUCGAGCAGUUACACUGUGA